AUGUCCGCCUCCGCUCCGGGGGAAUCGGCGCAGCAGCUCUGCAGCGCGGCCCCGCUGUGGCACUGCAUGGUCGAGGGCGGGCCAGGGGGCGCUCCUCCCGCCCGCGGCCCCGCCCACGCGUCCCGGGGAGGAGGGCCCGCGGCCCCAGCGCCUUCCGCCCGCGGUGGCGCCGGAUGCGAGAGGCAGCAUGCAGCUGAGAUGCUGCGAAGCACGGGCGCGUCCGGAGGGAGCGUGGGUGUGCAGUGGUCUCGCGCUCGCCCAGCCAGCGGCUGUUUCGCAGGAAGCCCUGGCAGUGGCAGCGAGUCAUGA